CGAAGGUCUUACGGGUGUGGAACGGCAUGAGGGUAAGUAAUAAAUGACAGAAUUUUCAUUUUUGGGUGAACUAACCCUUUAAGACUCGACAAUUUGCCAUUCCAGUAAGCUUUCCUUAUUCAUCAAUAACAUAAAAAUAAAGAAACAUUCUGACUUUUCAUCAAAACUAUUCUAGGAUAAGUGUUCAUUUCAGAAAUGGCACCUAGGAUUGUAAAAUGUAUACUUCUGGUAUUAUUUCUUGCUUAGGGCAUCUUAAAUGUCCUCCUCAGCUAAUAUAUGACUGUAUGUUUUUACUUAAACUAUUUUCAUGUUUCAAAUUCACUAUUCUUUAAGAAAAAAAAUGAAAAUGUUACUGUAACUACACAACACUUGCUUUGUACUGCAUUUACAAACCCUAUUUUAAAGACUGUAGCUUCAAAAAGUAAAAAAGAAAAGAUGUGUGUGAGUUUUUGGUUGUAUGUUUGUAAUUGAAUUUCAUCUGGACCCUAUCUAAGACCCUAUCUUUGUCCCUAAACUGUCACCUUGUUCAUAAAUUAAGAGGUAGGAUUAAACAUGAACAUGUUUUGUUAUUUCAGAUCUACUGAAUCCACUAAAAUCAUUUAGUAACAUUGAGGGAAUUUUUGGCUACUAGAACACUUUAAUAAGGCAGAACAGUCACUAAAAAUGUUACAGCUGAAUAAAUAAAAAAUAUAUAGUUAUAUGCAAGUAAAAAGUUUCGGCAAUGCCUAGAGUAAGCUUAGGUCGCGCGCUCGAGUGAAGGACUGAAAACCCCACUAUAUGUAUGGCGUCACAAACUUGCACAUGGAGCACCACGACAAACCGAGUGACCCCGAGCCACGGGUGCCGUGACAUCACGCAUCGGACCCCGGCACGCGCCACCGCGGAAAGUCCAAUCACAGCUCGCGCUCCACACACCCAUGAGCGCGUGCUACAAACCGCUGCCUCGGCUUCCAUACGGCGCGCGCCGCUGCUCAGUGUUUAUGGUAUUCAGUCAGCGUGAUUUCACAGGUGAGCUGCGUGUAAAAAGUUAAAUUGUCUGUCUCCGGAAACGAAUUAAGAAAUGAGGCUUCACUGACACAUCGCAGUGGAGAAGAAACAAAAGAAGAAGAGGAAGUGACAUCAUAACGUUCCCUCACUGUUUGUAUUUUUUUUUUCUAUUUUAUUCUGUCAGUAUGAGGCUGGAGCAGGAUGUGAGUCCAGUAGUGGUCAUCAUAUUCAGACUGGUGGUCUGGCUUUAUUCUCUCAUCUCUUACCUGCCGUACCUUUUGCUGAGAUCGUACGAAUCGCAGUCGCUCUCCAAGUGCUCGCGGAGGGUGAAAGGCCGUUCCGUGAGCGGACACCCGUCGGGACCCUACCGGGAUGUCGCAGCGCUGAGGACGCUGGCGUCGUGCCUACAGCCCGGGGUGAACACACUCGAUCGGGUGUUUGAAUCAUCUGUAUGUCGCCAUCCUGACCUGGACUGUCUUGGCACCAGAGAGCUGCUGAGCGAGGAAGACGAGACUCAGGAGGAUGGAAGAGUCUUCAAGAAGGUGAUUUUGGGAGAGUACCGCUGGAUGUCGUAUGAUCAGGUGUAUAAAGAAGUGAGAGCGUUCGGGAGCGGUUUGGCUGCUUUAGGACAGAAACCUCUGAAAAACAUUGCCAUCAUCUGUGAGACCAGAGUGGAGUGGAUCAUAGCAGCGCAAGCCUGUUUUAUGUACAACUUCCCAUUGGUAACUCUUUACUCUACUCUGGGUGGUCCUGCUAUUGCUCAUGGACUCAAUGAAGCUGAAGUUUCCCACAUAAUCACCAGCAAAGAACUUCUGGAAACCAAACUCAAGAGCAUUUUACUGGAGUUGCCGAGAUUACGACAUAUCAUCAUCGUUGACGAUAAGUUCAACAGCGGCUCUGAAUACCCACGAGGCAUCAGUAUCCACAGCAUGGCGGCUGUGAAGAGACUGGGGGCCCAUCCUGAGAAUGUGUCGAGGCAGAGACAGCCUCCGUGUGCGUCUGAUGUGGCCGUGAUCAUGUACACCAGCGGUUCUACUGGAGUACCAAAGGGAGUCAUGAUCUCUCACAGCAAUAUUAUUGCUGGAAUCACCGGCAUGGCCGAGAGAAUUCCCAACCUCGGUGAGGAUGACACAUACAUUGGCUACCUUCCACUGGCUCAUGUGUUAGAGUUGAGCGCUGAGAUGGUGUGUUUUGCUCACGGCUGUAGAAUCGGCUACUCUUCACCACAGACUCUGUCAGACCAGUCAACCAAGAUAAAGAAGGGAAGCAAAGGAGACAUUAGUGUCCUGCAGCCCACUCUAAUGGCAGCAGUACCAGAGAUAAUGGAUCGGAUCUACAAGAAUGUAAUGCUAAAGUUGGAGGAAAUGAGCAUUUUUCAGAGGACUCUGUUUCUACUGGCCUACAACUAUAAGAUGGAGCAGCUUGCGAUAGGAUACAGCACCCCACUCUGUGACAAGCUCGUCUUCCGGAAGGUUCGGGCAUUGUUAGGUGGACGUUUACGGGUGUUAUUGUCAGGCGGGGCACCUCUCUCUGCGGCGACCCAGAGGUUCAUGAACAUCUGCUUCUGCUGCCCUGUGGGUCAAGGCUACGGCCUUACGGAGACCUGUGGCGCCGGGACCAUCAGCCAGCUUUGGGAUUACAGUACAGGACGAGUUGGCGCACCAUUGGUUUGUUGUGAAAUUCAGCUGAAGGACUGGAUAGAGGGUGGCUAUCGCAGCACAGACCGGCCCUGUCCGCGAGGGGAGAUUCUGGUCGGUGGGCCAAAUGUAACAAUGGGUUACUACAAGAACAAAGACAAGAACAGUGAGGACUUCUUCGUGGAUCAGAAAGGCCAGCGAUGGUUCUGCACCGGAGACAUUGGAGAGUUUCAUGGAGACGGCUGUCUGAAGAUUAUCGACCGUAAGAAAGACCUGGUGAAGCUUCAAGCAGGAGAAUACGUGUCUCUGGGAAAAGUGGAGGCGGUCCUGAAAAACUGCCCACUCGUCGACAACAUCUGUGCCUAUGCCAACAGUGACGAGUCUUACGUGAUUGGCUUUGUGGUGCCCAAUCAGAAGCAGCUCCUGGCGCUGGCUGAGAGGAAGCAUGUCAGAGGUUCGUGGGAGGAGCUCUGCAACAGCCCUGUCAUCGAGGAGGAGGUGCUUAAAGUCAUCACAGAAGCGGCACUGACAGCCCAGUUAGAAAGGUUUGAGAUUCCACGGAAGAUCCGCUUGAGCGUUGAGCCCUGGACUCCAGAGACCGGCCUGGUUACAGACGCUUUUAAACUCAAACGAAAGGAGCUAAAAACUCACUACCAGCACGACAUUGAGAGGAUGUACGGUGCCAAGUAGAACCAAACCACUGCUCAUCCCAGACAGAAACGGUGGACAGGAAGGCAAGAAGUAACUUAUCUCUCUAUAGCAACCUCCAAUCAGGAUGGAGAUUUCCUAUGGAUGUUGCAGACAUGUGAACAUAAUCAUUUGGAAAUGUUUUCAUACAGUUGAUCAAUCUGUGUGAUAUUUCUGAUAUCAAAAAAUGUCCAGUAAACACAAACACUCACAACCAGCAAUACUUAAAGCUGCCAAAAGUGAUGUUUGUCUCUGCCAGACUUAGCUGCUAAAUUAGGGUACCCCCAUCUCUUUAACCACAUGCACACUCUCCAAAACCCCACCCCCCCAUGACACAAAUCAGAACGUGUGAAAUAAUUGACAUGCAGAAAGUUUCAAGGCUGUAGCUAAAAUUACAUGCCAUGUAAAUCCAUUUAUAAUCAGAUUGAUUGCUCAAUCGGACUGAAUAUCCUUCAUGUAAACACCUCAAUCCGACUGAGCUUGAUCCAAAUUCCAUUUUCAGUGGAUUGAAGGGGGUGGUGUAGACCUGAUGCUUAUAUUUACAUGCGUUUUACAUCAUACAAACAUGCGUAUGUUAUUUACAUCUCACGAUUUACGAACUGGUCAGCGGAUGAAACUGACAAUUUACUCAAUAUUUGAUUAAAAAAAAACCUCUUCUGACAUAUACGUCAACUUUCUAUGUCUUUAGAUAUGCCCUGGUGACAUUAUCACGGUGGCUUUUCUAAACAUGGUGACUAAACACUGUGUGUGCUGAAGUUUUGCUCUGAAUACAUGUAAUGCACAUGCAAAUGAAUAUGUGAAUCAGAUUGCAAAGUUUAGGGUUCUUAUAAACAGAUUCUGAAAUUGGAUUGGAUUCAUUCCGAUUGAUUAAAUUAAAUUAGUGCUUAAUGUGUGAUUUCUCAGGACAUUAUGCAUGUUAUUCCCCCCC